ACUUGUCCAUUUCUGGGCAACUCCACAAACCUCUGUCCAUGCUCCUUGUCCUUGGUGAUUCAGCAUCUAAUGUAUAUUUUGUGAAUAAAUUACACCAUUAUGCUGGCAAUAUUUGAGAAUAUAUGCCAGUUAAAAGAAAACGUAGCUGAUGAAGAUCACACCAUUUUUCUAUCUCACGACCCGGUUGGCCUACACAGCUCCUACAUGGGCAACUCUAACUUGUGGAGUGUUUGUACUCAUCACGCUUACACUUUCAAUUUAUCUUCUCUUUGAACACCUUUCUGCAUACAAGAAUCCUGAGGAACAAAAGUUUUUAAUUGGUGUUAUCCUCAUGGUUCCAUGCUAUGCAGUAGAGUCAUUAGUGUCUUUGGUGAACCCUUCAAUAAGUGUUGAUUGCGCAAUUCUGCGGGAUUGUUACGAAUCUUUUGCCAUGUAUUGCUUUGGAAGAUACCUCGUUGCAUGUUUAGGUGGUGAAGAAAGGACAAUCGAGUUUAUGGAAAGACAAGGACGAGCAAGUUAUAAGACUCCCCUAUUAGUAGACAGUUCUGGAAACGGAACUGUCACACAUCCUUUUCCAAUGAACUUAAUCUUGAAACCAUGGAAACUUGGUCAAGGAUUUUACCAACUUGUCAAAUUCGGAAUCGUUCAGUAUAUGAUAACCAAGUCUCUCAGUGCUAUUUUAGCAGUUAUACUUGAAGCUUUUGGUGUAUACUGUGAUGGAGAAUUCAAAUGGGGAUGUGGGUAUCCUUAUAUCGCAGUGGUUCUAAAUUUUAGUCAGUCAUGGGCUUUGUACUGUCUAGUUCAGUUUUAUACCGUUACGAAAGAUGAACUAGCUCAUAUAAAGCCAUUAUACAAGUUUCUGACUUUUAAGUCAAUUGUGUUCUUAACAUGGUGGCAAGGUGUGGCAAUUGCUCUUCUGUACGCUCUUGGUUUGUUCAAAAGUCCCAUAGCUCAAGGCUUACAAUUUAAGUCAAGUGUUCAAGACUUCAUCAUUUGUAUAGAGAUGGGCAUUGCUUCUGUCGUUCACCUGUAUGUUUUUCCUGCGAAGCCAUAUGAACUGAUGGGAGAUCGCUUCCCUGGGAGUGUCUCAGUUCUUGGAGACUAUGUGUCUGCUGACUGUCCUUUGGAUCCUGAUGAAGUAAGGGACAGUGAACGUCCUACAAAGCUACGCCUCCCAACUCCUGACAUUGAUGUUAGGAGUGGAAUGACCAUAAGAGAAAGCGUUCGGGAUGUUUUUAUCGGUGGUGGGGGAUAUAUUGUCAGCGAUGUGAAGUUUACAGUAACACAGGCAGUUGAGCCUGUAGAGAAGGGGUUCACAAGGUUCAAUGAGAAGUUACACAAGAUCUCUCAAAACAUUAAGAGACAGGACAAGGAGAAAAGGAAAACAAAGGAUGACAGUUGUAUUUCCACAUCAUCACCUGUAGGGAAGGUGAUUCGUGGGAUAGAUGACCCUCUCUUGAAUGGAAGUACGAGUGAUAGUGGUGUAUCCAGGGUAAAGAAGCAUCGCCGGAAAUCAGGUUACACCAGUGCAGAAAGCGGUGGAGAGAGCAGCAGUGACCAAAGUUAUGGUGGGUAUCAGGUCAGAGGCCGUAGGUGGGUCACAAAAGAUUAAGAUGGAAAGAUGGUCACAAUUUUGUCAUCAAGAGUGUCUUACUGUCUUCAGUGGUUUGUCCCAUGACAAGUCUUGGGGUUAUUUUUGUUAGGGGAUUGAAAAUUGUAAAUGUCUACGUAGAGGAAAUAUUUUAUCUAGGAUGGGAUGUAAUUUAUGUCGACUGAGAAAUGACAUGACAGCAAAAAUAUGAAGUUCUCGUGAACAGUUUGCAAAUUUUGACCCAAAACCCACUAUUCUUAU